AUGGAUACCUCUGAUGAAGAGUAUGUGGAACCAUCUCUGGUUCCCAAAGAACAUAAAGCCAAAAAGAGAACCAACCAAGAGAAUACAGGGUACUCUUGGGAAGAUGAAUAUCAAAGAACCUGGGAUAUAGUCAAAGACGAUGAUUCGAGGUCUUUAGAAGCCAUUAUUCAAGGUAUGAUAGAAGGUAGAAAGAAGAAGAUAAUGAAACUUUCAACAUCUCCCUAUCAAAGGGGUAUUAUCAGAACUAUGGUUGUGAUUAUAGAUGGGUCAUCGAUCAUGAGUGAAAAGGACUUAAGGCCGACAAGAUUUAGUCUAAUGUUACAGUAUCUCCAAGAAUUCAUAGUAGAGUUUUUUGAUCAGAACCCUAUAUCUCAAUUAGGUGUGGUAUUGAUGAGGAACGGGAUAAGUCAUGUGGUCAGUGAAGUUAAUGGAUCACCCCAGUAUCAUAUAGAUAAAAUAAGAGGUUUGAGAUCUCGUCAACAUAAUAGAUUUGAGCCUAAAGGUGAUCCUUCUCUACAGAAUUCCUUAGAAUUAGCUAGAUCACUUUUGAAAUACAAUUUUGGUAACAACAUUAAUGAUAGUAAGAAUUCAAAGGAGAUUCUUAUCAUCUUUGGAGCUUUGUUCACUUCAGAUCCUGGAGAUAUUCAUGAAACAAUAAAUAGUCUUGUAAAAGAUAAGAUUAGAGUUAAAGUUAUUGGAUUAUCAGCUCAAGUAGCUAUUUGUCAAGAAUUAGUGACAAAAACCAAUCACACUAAAAACCUGAAUUAUGGGGUCAUCAUGAAUGAGACUCAUUUCAAGGAAUUGCUUAUGGAUUGUGUCAUACCAUUAGCUAUAACAAAAGAUCUGGCACCUAAAGUCAAUGAAGAAAAAGUCCCAUUAAUGAAAAUGGGUUUCCCUACAAAGAUUCAACCCGUAACGACAUCCAAUCUAGAGCCUUUACAUUUCUGUGCUUGUCAUCCAACCAGAGGUUCAGAUGAUACUAAAAAUGUGGUUGAAAUUCAACUGAAUGUCAGUAAUAUAGGAUAUAAAUGUCCUCAAUGUUUCAGUAGAGUUUGUUCUUUACCCACAGUAUGUCCAGUUUGUGGAUUGAUGUUGAUUUUAUCUACACAUUUAGCCCGUUCUUACCAUCAUCUCGUGCCGUUGUCUGAGUACAAGGAAGUCCCCAAAAAUGAUGAAGGUGUUUAUGAUAGUCAAUGGUGUUUUGGGUGUCUUCUUAAGUUCGAAGAUGGUUUGGGUAGUAGUAGAUACAAGUGUGGUGAGUGUAAAAAUGAUUUCUGUAUUGAUUGUGAUGUGUUUGUUCAUGAAAUCUUACACAAUUGUCCAGGAUGUCAGUAG